AUGUGUACCAAAGUCCCGGUGCGGUAUAAGAGUAUCUUCCAUGCGCUGUAUGUGAUCGGGAAGACUGAUGGGCUCUUUGCCCUGCAGAGGGGACUUGCUCCCGCUAUGCUGUUGGGGUUUACCAUGAACUCUGUUAGAUUAGGAGGGUACCACACGACGCAGACGCUCGGCUGGACGAAGGAUGCCAGCGGCGAGACGGUGCUGACGAGGGCGAUGGCGUGCGCUAGCCUGAGCGGUGCGUUGAGCGGACUCACUGGCAACCCAGCUUUCGUGCUCAAGACGAGAAUACAAGCGUCUGCUCAUCCUAGCAUCGCAGUUGGAAGGCAGCACAAGUAUAAUGGAAUGAUUGACGGCUGCCGCAUCAUUUACAGAACGGAAGGCCUGAAGGGCUUCUUCGCCGGCGUCAACGCCACCUGCCUCCGCCUGGCGAUAGGCAGCGCUGCCCAGCUGCCGACCUUCACCAUUGCAAAAGAAAAACUGAGGAGCAGUGGCUUUUGCGCGGACUCGCCGGCGAAGCAAGCAUUCGUCGCGAGCGCGAUGAGCGGAAUCGCCAUUGCGCUAGCCAUGUGUCCCUUUGACGUCGUCACUGUCCGUAUGACCAAUCAGGCCUCCGAAGCAAGUGGCAAACGACUCUACAAAGGCGUCCUGGACUGCCUCAACAAAAUAUACAAGACUGAAGGUCUCCACGGCAUGUACAAAGGGCUGGGACCUCUCUACCUGAGGAUAGCACCUCACACGACCCUCUCGUUAGUUAUAUGGGACAUGUUAAAUAAUGUGUUACUCGCUCAUAAAAAAAGUUAGUUGAAUUUA